AUGAAGCAAACCGUCAAAUGGUUGUCUUCCAUCGAAUCUGUGCUCAUUGCGAAAACAGUAGACAAGGAAGUCGGCCGUCAUAAAGUGGCUGCUUUUGAUCUUGACGCCACCCUGAUAUCGACGAAAACUGGUCGCGUCCACUCAAAGGACGAGAACGAUUGGCAAUGGUGGCAUUCGUCUGUGCCAAGCCAAAUUAAAAAGCUGCAUGACGACGGCUACAAAAUCGUCGUCUUUUCCAAUCAAAACGGACUAAACUCGCCCACGCGGAUCCAAAGUUUUAAACGGAAAGUGGAAGCCAUUCUCAGCCAGUUAUCCAUGCCCGUAUGGUUGUUAGCAGCUAUGAACAAAGAUCAGUAUCGUAAACCCAUGGUGGCCAUGUGGAACUGGUUAGAGAAACAAGCGAAUGACGGGGUCAAGAUUGAACAGAGCUUCUACGUGGGCGAUGCGGCUGGCCGCGCUGAUAACUGGAAGCCGAGGCAAAAGAGAGACCAUUCUUGCACUGACAGAAAAUUCGCUGACAAUAUAGGCAUUGGCUUCUACACUCCAGAGGAAUUCUUCCUCAAGGAGCCAAAGGCAGCUUUCUCAUGGGGCGGCUUUAUUCCCAGCGAAUCCACGCAGAAUGAAAUGCUAUUCACUCCUUCAUCAUCACCGCUGGUUCUCAAGGAUGAACCGGAAGUCAUUGUAUUUGUUGGAUAUCCUGCUAGCGGAAAAUCCACAUUCGCUGAAAAAUACCUUAUCCCGCACGGCUAUGUCUACGUGAAUCAAGAUACGUUGAAAACACGCAACAAGUGCAUUGCCGCAUGCAAAGACGCUCUUGCAAAACACCAGUCCGUCGUCAUUGAUAAUACAAAUCCAGAAAUCGCUACUCGAGCUUCAUAUAUUCAAGUAGCACGCGACGCCGGUGCCAAAGUUCGUUGCUUCUACUUUACGGCCGAUGAACAUUUAGCACGACACAAUAAUUAUUAUCGGGCGAUACAAAAACCGCAUGAAAACAGGGAAUUACUAUCUGACAUCGCCUUCCGAACCUUCAAAUCACGCUUGCAGAUCCCCACAGAAGCAGAAGGGUUCGAUGAAGUGAAGAAAAUCAACUUUAUCUUUGAAGGAUCGGAAGAAGAACAAAGGACUUGGAAACAAUGGUGGUUGUAA